ACGCACGGUGGUUUCCUUCGCCCUCCCGUUGCAUGCUCUCGACUCUCGUCUUCCAUUUCCACUUGGUUUCAGUCACCCAACUUCUCCGCCGUUGAGUGAUUAACCCCCCUGCAGCCCUGGGUUUCUUUUUGACGUGGUCUCCUGGAACGUGCGUCUCCUACGCCGGCCUCAGCUGCUGGUGCGGGAACCAUGCCAUCCGUCGACGAUUCUUCGGCCACCCGGCCUAGUGGCACUGGCUCUAGGUCGGACCAGCUUGCGUACUACAAAGCGCAAUAUGAACAGCUGGAGGCCGAACUGUCGGAGUUCCAGGCUUCCAGUCGCGAACUGGAGGCUGAGCUGGAAAAGGAUAUCGAGGCGUCGGAGAAGCGAGAACGGCAGCUGAAGGAACGGCUGGAAAACUUGAGAUACGAGAUUGAUGACUGGAAGUCCAGAUACAAGCAGGCCAAGUCGGAGGCCAGCGCGGCCCAGAACACGCUGCAGAAAGAAAUCACGAAAUUGCGCGAUGGGAACCGCACUCUGCAACUGAAAUUACGCGACAUCGAAGUUGCCAAUGAUGAUUACGAACGUCAGGCCCGCCACACCACUUCAUCCCUGGAGGAUCUGGAGCAAAAGUACAACAUGGCGAUCGAGCGCAGCGUCCUACUCGAAGAAGAGGUUAAGAUUGGAGAAAUGGAGCGUGAGAGCCUACGUAUCGAAAACCAACGUCUCCGUGACGAACUUUCGGAACAAAGAGUUGAGGCUGAGAUCCUCUCGGAGAAACUUCGACACGAACAGAAUGGCGGCCGUCGCAGAAAGCCUGCUUCUUUGAUUUGCCGUACUCCAUCGACACCGCAGACCCCGGAGAUUUUCGACCGUGCUCUGGGCGCCUCCGCAGUGUCUACUCCGAUGUUCCAGACACCGCCGAUCAAGAAUGCUCUCAUGACCGUGGCAGCCACGCCUCCUUCGCCGCCCAUGUCCGAGGCGUCAAUCAGUGUUCAAACUAGCAUGCGCAAGACUGCCAGCGCUACCCCCGGAUUCCCGUUCAAGAAGGCAGGUGGUGGCGCUCAGCUAGGCUCUCGGUCGAUGUAUGACUCGAAGAAGACUCCGAAGAAGUCACGGGGUUCGACCUUCACUUCCAACAAUAGUCGUCCCAAUGCAACGACCCUACCAUUUGCGAGCGCGUUCCAGCCUGGGGGCAUCGUCACCAAUGACCCCACCUCGUCUGCCAGCAUCAACAACGACCGAUCAACCACGCUGCCUAAGUCUGGAUCCCUGUACCAGAUCCGCGGCCUGAUUGGAAAGAUGCAGCAGUUGGAGGAGCGCGUUCACUCCGCCAAGUCUAAGCUUCCCGCACCUUCUGAUUCGCCUUCUCGUAUCUCUUCGCGAUCUGGGUCUAUCGUGGGUGACAGUCCAGUCUCUUCGACCAUCACUAUGCGGCAGAAUUCGGCCCGUAAACGGAUCAGCGGCAGCAGCUUCAGUUCGUCGGUGCGUGAAGGCGAUACAGCAUCAUCUUACAACACUCGACCGUCAUUUGGCGCGCGGACCCAGGGCGACAGUCGGCCUAGCAGUAGGACCAGCUACUCCAGCUCAUUUAGCCAGAGCACCCACCCCAGUGUUGCGCCUUCGACUCAUUCGGCGCGUCCCGAAAGCCGACAGAGUCGAACCAAGACGCCCCUGGGGCACUACUCGACCAAUCCCACUACUGAAAGUCGGCGCCCACGGUCCUCACUCAGCAAUCCGUCGGUACAGAAUGGUCAGGUGAACGGCAUGUCCAACAUCGAUGAAGACGAGGACCUGGCGUUCCGAAUGUCAGUGCGCGCCAAGAUUAGCGAAGCUCGUGAAGCACGCUUUCCCUCACCUACCCACACCCCUCCUAGCACGGUGAAGACGGUCAAGAAGCGCACGCCUAGCGGGAUCCCGGCGCCACCGCGGAGCUUCCGGACUAGCACCGGCUACCAACCGAAGACCAACAUUGGUGAUCUUGGCGAAACCUUCUAGGCUCCUUAUUCAGUUCUUUCAAUACCCUUUUUCUUCUUUUCAUCCCCGAAUGACAAUUCUAAGGGGCUUUACGAAUUUCACGGCCGCUACGCAGGUGUUGAUCCACUUCUACUUAUUCCCAAUUUGAGAAUACUCUUUCCCUCGUUUGCACCUUUUUUUUUUCUAUUCCCCGCUUGUGCUCUUCCUCGCUUUCCGUGCGACUACCCCCUUGGCAAGUGACGCUUUUGAGUUGAAAUCUCUCGUGUGUUUCUGAAGACUAUCUUCUUCUGGAAGAUAUCGAUUGGGCCGGUUCAUAGAGGCUAUGGUUCAGGCUUAUUACAAGAAGAU